AUGUCUUCCUACAGCUACGGCCCUCCGCCCCCAGCGCCAGCACCAGCGCCUCCAGCCGGCUCGCCUCCUGCAGGCUACCCCCAUUACCAGCAGCCGUACCAACAGUCUCACCGAGGUGGUCACACCCCGCGAGGCGGCCGCGGCGGUCACCACGGUCCCGGUCCUGGGCCGGCAUACGGCUAUAACAGUCAACCGCCUCAACCCUACGGCCAGCAAAGCUUCCCCAGCGCGAAUGGGCCCCAGGGCAGCUAUCCACCCCAACAAUGGCAUCACGACCAAGGUCACGGCCAUCCCCAGCAGCCUCCACCGCACGGCUCUCUACCCCCUCAGAACUAUCACCCAAACUAUGCACCGCAGCUCUAUCAGCAGCAGCCCCCUCAGUAUGGACAGCAACCCGGCCACUACGGCCCGCAGCAGCAACCGGCGUACGGACAAUACCCCCCGGCACAGCCGCAGCCGCAGGCGCCGGCACCUCAGCAAUGGGGUGGCCAUGGGCAAGCACCCCAUGGUCCUCCUUUCAGCGGUGGACGUGGACGAGGAGGUCACCAUAAUGAUCGUGGCGGCUCAGCAGCCCAAAUGAUGGGACCUCCUAUUCGUAUUGGAUUUGAGGGUCCGAACCACCAGGGAACCCCAGCUCCAGUGAGCAGUGGUGGUUAUCCCCAGCAGUAUGGACCCCCCCAGAGCGGUCCCGGUCCUUAUCCACCCGCACCCUAUCAGGCAUAUCCCCCUCCUGGCGGCGCACCGCAGAUGGGCGGCCCUCCGCCGUACGAGCCUUAUCAGGCCCAAAACAAUAGGCACCAUGGCCGUGGUGGGCAUCAUAGCAACAACUUCCGUGGUGGCCGUCCUCCUCAUUUUAGUGGCGACAAGACGCGUCACAAGAAGCCCAACACCCAUGCGAACAAUACCCAUACCGCUGCCCCUCAUUCACACCAUCAGAAGCCUGAUGCUCCCUCCGCCGGCAAGAAGAAGAAGCGCAAGACUAAUACGCUGGGUCUCACCCCUGGGGAAGAGUCGGACGAAGAAGAGAUCGACGAGGAGGCCAAGCUGGCAGAACUGAUUGGAGAUGAUGCGCCCAACCCUACAGAUCUUGCCGCGUGGAUCGCGGAGCGCAGGAAGAACUUCCCCACGGAGGCGCGCAGGAAGGCCAAGCUCGCCGAGGUGACCCAGAACGGCGACAAGGUAAAGAACGAUGGCGGCAAGCAGGGGGCCCUGACGGCGCUUGAGAAACAGCAGCAGAAGCUCCGCAAGCAGCUGGAGAAGGUUGAGUCCAGCAUCAAGCGCAAGCGAGAGCAGCAGGACGAGGGUGAUGAGAUGCGAGAUGUCGAUGCUAGUACCACUAUCUCCUCAGCCUCCAAGUCGGAUGAUGAGGCGCCAGAGUCACUCCCAACCAAGCCAGAAUCGGUCGCAAUCCCCCCACCCCCGAAGAAAGCCGAUCCUUCCAGGCACUGCAAGUACUACUCCACGGGGGGCACGUGCGGAAAGAAGGGCAAGUGCCGCUUCGUACACGAUGAAGAGGUUCGCCAAGCAGCUUUGACGGAGCGAGAGCGUAACGGCGGACGCAUUACUUUGCAGCAGCGCUUGAUUCUCAAUGACAAGGACCAGGAGGAUCUUACCAUCGUUAAGACGCUGCAAUAUCUUAAGGAGAAGGGCAUGAUGACCAAGUCGGAGAGUCCUGCUGCCGGUGCGACUGCGAAAGUGGAGGCUCCGUCACAACUCCCUCCUCCUCCAGUUCAGAACACCGAGCCGCACCACAGUCUGCCGCCCCAGCCACCGCCGAGUGUCAACAGUGGCAACACUCUGCGGUACCAAGGCUGGAACUUGAGUGGGUUCGGUAACACCGGCGUCAGGAACGAGGAUUUGUAG